AUGGACAAGGCUGAAUUAAUUCAGAAGGCCAAACUGUCAGAACAGGCUGAGCGUUAUGAUGAUAUGGCUGCCGCAAUGAAGGCAGUGACAGAGCAAGGAGGAGAACUAAGUAACGAAGAAAGGAACCUGCUCUCUGUUGCCUACAAAAAUGUGGUUGGUGCCCACCGCUCUUCCUGGCAUGUGAUUUCUAGUAUUGAACAAAAAACAGAGGUCAAUGAGAAGAAGCAACAGAUGGCAAAAGCAAGGUUUUCUACUUGA